AUGAAGGCAUUAGCAACGGAAAUGACAGACAGCUUCGGGAAGAGGCUGGCACCUUUAGGAUUGAAAGUUCGAGAGCUGACUGGAGAUACAACCUUGACGAAAAAGGAGGUUGCUGAAACUCAGGUGAGCGCUAGUGACAACUCAUUAACCUCAUUAGUGAGGUUAUUGAUCAUUGACGAGGUGGGUCGUCUGACGAAUUACCUUGAAUUUUACUUCGAUUGCACUUCUAUCCGAACAAUUCAAACAAAUGACUUCUUCAACAUACAAUCUCAGGUUCAUUUAUUGCAUGAUGAUCGUGGUCCUGUUAUCGAGACCAUAGUGGCCAGAACUUUACGACAAGUGAGUGGAAUCCAUUCAGUAUCUCGCUUUAAUACAGUUGAAAUGUCGCAAACUGGUAUCCGCAUAGUUGGUCUAUCUGCCACAUUACCAAAUUAUGUUGAUGUAGCACGAUUUUUGCGGGUGAAUCCUUACAAAGGCUUGUUCUACUUUGAUGGCCGAUUUAGGCCGGUGCCGCUCACACAGAAGUAA